GGAGCCACAAUCUCCGGCGGAGGCUGGGUGUCGCCUGACCGGAUGAUGACAGAAGUUUUCGGUUUAAUGUGGCUACUUUUAUCAUGCAAUCAUCCAGCUAAUGUCGUCUCCAGUGCUCUGACCGCAGUCGGGACUCAUGACACCAAUCUGCUGUGUGUUUUAAUGAAAUAAACUCACAAACACUGUGACACACUGCGGUGCCAUCUGGGAACUUUUGCUGUGCUGGAAGAGCGACCCUUUGGCUCUUAUUUGACCGGGGAGCAGAGCCGGAUAGAGCCCGCUGGGCUGACCGAGGUGCCGCUAUGGGAAACCGGGGGAUGGAAGACCUUAUUCCCCUCAUAAACAAGCUCCAGGACGCCUUCAGCUCCAUCGGACAGACGUGCAACUUGGACCUGCCGCAGAUAGCGGUUGUCGGCGGCCAGAGCGCAGGGAAGAGCUCCGUGUUGGAGAAUUUCGUCGGGAGGGACUUCUUGCCCAGAGGAUCUGGCAUCGUCACCCGUCGUCCUCUCAUCCUCCAGCUGGUUAACAGUAAAGCAGAGUAUGCUGAGUUCCUGCACUGUAAGGGACGCAAGUUUGUGGACUUUGAUGAGGUGCGUCUGGAGAUUGAAGCAGAAACUGACCGGAUCACGGGAUCCAACAAGGGCAUCUCCGCCAUCCCCAUCAACCUCCGCGUCUACUCCCCUAACGUGCUGAACCUGACCCUGAUCGACCUGCCGGGGAUGACUAAAGUGGCCGUGGGAGACCAGCCUCCAGACAUCGAGCACCAGAUCAGGGACAUGCUGCUGCAGUUCAUCACCAAGGAGAGCUGUCUGAUCCUGGCCGUCACCCCAGCCAACACUGACCUGGCUAACUCCGACGCCCUCAAAAUUUCUAAGGAGGUGGACCCUCAGGGCCUACGGACCAUUGGUGUGAUCACCAAACUGGACCUGAUGGAUGAGGGGACGGAUGCCCGAGACAUCCUGGAAAAUAAACUGCUGCCGCUUCGCCGAGGCUACAUCGGGGUGGUGAACCGCAGUCAAAAGGACAUCGAUGGAAAGAAAGACAUCCGCGCUGCUUUGGCUGCUGAGAGGAAGUUCUUCCUGUCCCAUCCGGCGUACAGACACAUUGCAGAACGCAUGGGCACACCACAUCUGCAGAAGACCCUCAAUCAGCAACUUACCAACCACAUCCGCGACACGUUGCCCGGGUUACGCAGUAAGCUGCAAAGCCAGCUGUUAUCACUGGAGAAAGAGGUGGACGAGUACAAGAACUUCCGCCCUGACGACCCUACACGCAAGACAAAGGCCUUGCUCCAGAUGGUGCAGCAGUUUGGCGUUGACUUUGAGAAGUGCAUCGAGGGGUCUGGGGAUCAGGUGGACACCUCCAACUUGUCAGGUGGAGCAAAGAUCAACCGCAUCUUCCACGAGCGGUUUCCAUUUGAGCUGGUGAAGAUGGAGUUUGAUGAGAAGGAGCUGAGGAAAGAGAUCAGUUACGCCAUCAAGAACAUCCACGGAGUCAGGACAGGCCUGUUCACCCCAGACUUGGCGUUUGAGGCCAUAGUGAAAAAGCAGAUCAUUAAGCUGAAAGACCCCUGUCUGAAAUGUGUCGACCUCGUCGUCACCGAGCUUGCCGCCCUGAUCAGGAAAUGCACUGAAAAGCUGGGUUCGUACCCUCGGCUGAGAGAAGAGACGGAGCGAAUCGUCACCACCUACGUCAGGGAGAGAGACAGCAAGACCAAAGACCAGGUGCUGCUGUUGAUUGACAUCGAGCUCUCCUACAUCAACACUAACCAUGAGGACUUCAUUGGAUUUGCCAAUGCUCAGCAAAGAACCGCUGCCAACGCCACCAAAAAGAGAGUCAUGCCCAAUCAGGUGAUCCGCAGAGGCUGGCUCACCAUCAACAUCAGUAUCAUGAAGGGAGGAUCCAAGGACUACUGGUUUGUCCUGACCGCUGAGUCUCUGUCCUGGUACAAAGACGAGGAGGAGAAAGAGAAGAAGUACAUGCUGCCUCUCGAUAACCUGAAACUGAGAGAUGUGGAGAAGGGCUUCAUGUCCAGCAAGCACGUCUUUGCCAUCUUCAACACGGAGCAGAGGAAUGUGUAUAAAGACCUGCGUCAGAUUGAGCUGGCAUGUGACACUCAGGAGGAUGUAGACAGCUGGAAGGCUUCCUUCCUCAGAGCUGGUGUUUACCCAGAGAAAGACCAGGUUGAGAGCGAAGACGCGAUGAAUCCUAGCGACACCGUGUCCAUGGACCCGCAGCUGGAGCGGCAGGUGGAGACCAUCCGCAACCUCGUGGACUCGUACAUCGGCAUCGUCAACAAGUCCAUCAGAGACCUCAUGCCCAAGACCAUCAUGCACCUCAUGAUCAACAGUGCGAAGGACUUCAUCCACUCUGAGCUGCUGGCCUACCUGUACUCGGCCGGGGACCAGGGUAGCUUGAUGGAGGAGUCAGCAGAGCAGGCACAGAGGAGAGAUGAGAUGCUGAGGAUGUAUCAUGCUUUGAAAGAGGCCCUGGUCCUCAUCGGAGACAUCAGCACCACCACUGUUUCCACCCCAGUGCCUCCACCAGUAGACGACACCUGGAUCAAGGAACCAAGUCCACCGGCGUCCCGCCCUGCCUCGGCAACAGCGCCCCCUCCCAGCCGACCCCCGGCAGUGAGGGGGCCCACCCCGGGUCCUCCGCCCCCUCUCAACCCUUCACCAGCAUUCGGAGCGCCGCCGGUACCGUCUCGACCCCCGGGCCAAACGGCCUACGCAGGCGAUCCCAACUCUGGUUCUGUGCCUCUUGUUCCUUCCAGGCCGGCCCGCGUGCCUCCUGCACUGCCACCAGGGAUUCCAAGCAGAAGACCCCCGGCUGCUCCCAACCGACCCACUGUCAUACGUCCAUCAGAGCCCUCCCUGCUUGACUAGAAACACACACAUACACACACACACACAUAUUAAAACAUUACUUUUUGUUUACACUUUUAUAUUUCUCUUCUCUUUUCUCAUGUAUAUUCCUAUAACUGCAAACUUUGUCCUACUGUAAUUGGUAAUCUGAUGCUGUUUCAGUCUGUGCAUUUCAGAAGCAUUAUGUAUGUAAUUUUGACUUAAUGUGUAGUUAGUUUUAUUUUUUAACAAAGAUAUGAGAGAUUUUCUGCAUUCUGUGUUAUGAAAAGGGAUACAUUUGAUGAUUUUAUUGAUUUAAGGUUAUGAACCAGCAGGUCAUCUCGAAUAUUUUGAAAUGAAAUGUGUCUUAAAACAAUAUACGACUCUUAACGUUUAUAUAAUGGUAAGAAAACUCUUAGAUUUUGUUUUUUUGUGAGAUGAAUACUUGCUAACAUUUGUCCGUGAUCUUACACACUAAGCACCUCAUUAAGUAAGCAGCACUUUCUGAUUAAGUCUUUUUUCUUUUCUUCAUUGGUAGAUUUUCAAAGCCUCCAGAUGAGCUUAUUAAAAUCAGACUGACCAAUGAAAUUUGUAUUCUUCAGUAUUUCGGCUAAUUACUUUUAUUACAAGAUUUUUCGAGCAUAAUACAGUUUCUGUGUUUCUUUAUUUGUGGACCAAUUAAAGCUGAAACAGAGGAGGAGGAAGGGUGUUGGGAGAAAGCGCAGCAGUGGGCGUGCGCCGUCUUCCAGUGUAUUACUGAUAAUUAUACAGUAGUUGAGGUGACCUUGCCUGGUGAAACGUCCUGACAGUUACCUCCCACCACUUCUCAUUCUUCAGUGCCUUGAGAAAAAAUUAUUUUGUAGUUACUUCUUAUCACCUUAAAAAAGUCGAAAUGAGAAAAAACGGAUCAUGAAAGGAAAAAGGUGUAUAAAGUGAUGGACUGAAUAAAGGACUAGAAAACGAA